ACCAACCCGCCCCCCCCUGAGGUCACCAACCCCACCAAACCUGGCAGAAAGACAAACCAGCUGCAGUACAUGCAGAACGUGGUGGUGAAGACGCUGUGGAAGCAUCAGUUCGCCUGGCCCUUCUACCAACCUGUGGACGCCAUCAAACUCUGCCUGGCUGACUACCACAAGGUCAUCAAGAACCCCAUGGACAUGGGAACCAUCAAGAAGCGUCUGGAGAACAAUUAUUACUGGAGCGCCAGUGAGGCCAUGCAGGACUUCAACACCAUGUUCACCAACUGUUACAUCUACAACAAGCCCACAGACGACAUUGUCCUCAUGGCUCAGGCUUUAGAGAAAAUCUUCCUGCAGAAAGUCGCUCAGAUGCCUCAAGAAGAAGUUGCUCUGCUCCCUCCAGCUCCCAAAGGCAAGAGCAAGGGCAAACAGCCUGCUGCUGCUACUACAGUGAGUCAACAGGCCGAGUCUUCAGCCUCCCCUCCCCCCUCCUACCCCUCCCCCUCUCCCUCUCAGACGCCUGUCAUCUCGACCACGCCCACACCGGUACAGACCACGCCCCCUGUCUCUGCCCCGCAGCCCCCGGCAACCAUGAUGCCGUCUGCACAGCCCGUUGUCAAGAAGAAAGGCGUGAAGAGGAAAGCCGACACCACCACUCCCACCACGUCGGCCAUCUCUGCCGGCCGCGCCGAUUCUCCGUCCGCCCAGGACACCAAACCGGCCAAAUUAGGCUCGUCCCGCCGCGAGGCUGCCGCCCGGCCGGCCAAGACUCGCAGGGAGACGGUUGAAGAGGUUGCAGGCGGUGAUGUGGGAGGUGGUGGAGGGGGAGCCGGGAGGAGUAAGGGCGGUAAGCUGGGCGAGCAGAUGAAACACUGCGACGCCAUCCUGAAGGAGAUGCUCUCUAAGAAACACGCCGCCUAUGCCUGGCCCUUCUACAAGCCGGUGGAUGCCGAGGCGCUGGAGCUGCACGACUACCACGACAUCAUCAAACACCCCAUGGACCUCAGCACCGUCCGGAAAAAGAUGGAUAAAGGAGAGUACAGUGAUCCUCAAAGUUUUGCGACAGAUGUCAGGUUAAUGUUCUCCAACUGUUACAAGUACAACCCUCCAGACCACGAGGUGGUGGCCAUGGCCCGCAAGCUGCAGGAUGUGUUUGAGAUGCGUUUCGCUAAGAUUCCAGAUGAGGGCCUGGAGGCAUCAGUCCCGUCUACAACACCAUUAGUCAGUAAAAGCACCGCCUCCUCUGACAGCAGCAACAACUCCUCCUCAGACGAAUCGUCCGACUCAGAGGAGGAGCGGGCCACGCGAUUGGCUGAGCUUCAGGAGCAGUUGAAGGCGGUGCACGAGCAGCUGGCCGUCCUGUCCCAGGCUCCAGUCAGCAAGCCAAAGAAGAAGAAAGAGAAGAAAGACAAGGAGAAGAAGAAAGAGAAGGAGAAAGACAAAGGGAACAAAGGGAAGAUUGAGGAAGAGAAGAAACCCAAGGCAGCUGCUCAGCAGCCCAAACCAGCCAAUCAGAAGAAAGCGCCAGCUAGAAAAGCCAACAGCACGGUGACUGCCACAAGGCAACCUAAGAAAGGCAGUAAGGCAUCAGGCGGAGGCUCCGCCAACGGAGACGACGGCGAGGAGUCAUCCCUGCCGAUGUCGUAUGACGAGAAGCGCCAGCUGAGUCUGGAUAUAAACCGGCUGCCGGGGGAGAAGCUGGGCCGCGUCGUUCACAUCAUCCAGUCCAGAGAGCCAUCGCUGAGGGACUCCAACCCUGACGAGAUUGAGAUCGACUUUGAAACCCUCAAACCCUCCACACUUAGAGAGCUCGAGCGCUAUGUCAAAUCCUGCCUGCAGAAGAAGCAGAGGAAGCUACUGC